AUGUUUACAGGAAUCGUGGAAGAAAUGGGAACUGUCGUGUCCUUGGAGGAACGGGAUGAUAUGCCACUUUGGGAUGGAAGUACUGGAGUUGGCACGGAACUAGUGGUAGAAGGCAACGUUGUCAUGGAUGGGGCUUAUCUAGGUUGCAGUAUUUGCGUCAGUGGUGUUUGCUUGACAGCCACAGAGCUCGAACCAGAUACCAAUCAUUUCAAGGUCGGGUUGGCUCCAGAAACCUUGCGCAAGACCUACUUUUCAGAACUAAAGGCAGGAGAUGCUGUGAACUUGGAACGUGCCUCGGAAAUUGGAGGUCGAAACUCGGGUCAUUUUGUACAAGGGCAUGUGGAUGGAGUUGGUGUCGUCAAGGAACGAUGGAUUGAUGAGGAUAGUUUGUGUUAUCAGAUCACAGUGGAGAAUCCUGAUAUUCUUCGGUAUAUUGUGCCAAAGGGAUUCAUUGCGAUUGAUGGAACUAGUUUGACAGUGGUCGAUGUCAACACGGAAGAAAAAUGGUUUUCGUUCAUGUUGGUAGAGUACACACAAAAGAAGAUUAUCAUUCCAGGCAAACAACCAGGGGACAAGGUUAAUUUGGAAGUAGAUGUGUUGGGAAAAUACUCCGAAACUGCACUAGCAGCCCUGAUGCCGCGACUCGAAGCUUUGGAAGCAAAGGUAGAGACACUGGAAAAGAAGCUGGCGCAAAAGGAGUAA